AUGGCUCCUACUUUCCUCAUCAUCGGUGCUACUGGCAACACUGGAAGAGGUGUUGUUGAGACGCUCCCAAAGUUGCUCAAAGACAGCAAGUUCUCCGGCCACCGCAUUCUCUGCCAGACACGAUCCGCCAAAAGCCCUACCGCCCAAGGAUUUGCCCAAUUGCCUGGCGUCGAACUCGUAGAGAUCAACUGGGUCUACAUCGACGCUGAAUGGCUACGUGCUCAAGAAGUGGUCAGAGUGUUUAUCGCAUCACACAAUGAGCCUAAGCACUUCGAUCAGGAAACGAACUUUCACUUCGAGGCUCUUAACGCUGGUGUUGAAUAUGUGGUCCGCAUUUCUACAACUGCUGCAAACGUCCGCCCGGCUUGUCCUGCGUAUUACCCUCGCUCUCACUGGGCGGUUGAGCAAGUGCUAGGCUCGUCAGAUUUCAGCAAGCUGCAGUGGACUUCACUACAGCCCAACGUGUUCUCUUCCUACAUUCUUUCACCUGCUGCAGAGUUCAUCAAGAAGUAUCGCAAGACUGGAGAACAAGGCACUCUUGGAACCAUGUUGUCGGAGCAUGGUCCGACAGCUAUCAUCGAGGCUCGCGAAGUCGGCAUCUUUGCUUCCCAUCUCUUAGUGCAGGCAGACGUUUCUGCUCACAAUAAGGCCAAAUAUGUUCUCAACGGACCGGAGGACAUUGACGGAAGUCAGAUUGUUAAGAUGGUUGAGGAGUAUAUUGGCGCUCAGGUUAAGGAUGUCCGUUUUAAAGACAUGUCGUUUAUCCAAGGGUUGGUCGACCAGGCUCCAGAAGACAUAAAACCUCUUAUCGAGUCAAUUAAGCACGCUCCCGAGACCAGUUGGGCAGGCCUAACCACAGCUUCGACUACCAGCAAGGAGGUUUUAGACAUCGCUGCUCCGAGAAUUACGCCGGCUGAAUCCUUGAAAAUGCUUCUUGGAGAGUAG